CCGUGGAACCUCGGCGAGGUCGGCUCCUUGCGGGGUCUGUGCGGCCUGUGUGACUAGAAAGAAGAUGGAGCCAAGAGCCGAGCCUGAGGGGCGGCUCUGACCUUUCUGACCGAGGUCCUGCGCCCUUUCGCCGCCAGGAGCCUCCUUCCUCUCCGGACUAGUGCGUUCGAGCUCCCCAGUGGCCUGGGCCCCGAGAGUGGAAAUGGUCGCCGAGGCCCAGGGCGUGGGGCUUCCGCGCGGCCCGUGAAGGGAACUGGGGAACCUCAAGGGACCCCCACAACUCCAGGCGCGAAAACCCCCGCAUGGUGAGGAGCAGGCAAAUGUGCAAUACCAACAUGUCUGUAUCUACUGAUGUAGCCACCUCACAGAUUCCAGCUUCGGAACAAGAGACCCUGGUUAGACCAAAGCCAUUGCUUAUGAAGUUGUUAAAAUCUGUUGGUGCACAGAAAGACACUUACACCAUGAAAGAGGACUUCUUGGGCAUCCCUGGAUCCCAGGUUAAGAACUUCUGCACUAGAGAUACAUGAGUACAGUAUACUGAUCUUUCUGGGAUAGAGGU